AGUUGUUCAAGGUUUAGUGUGAUAUUGAUAAUUGUUAGUGCAAUGGCUGGUCUAUUCGGUUUCGGAAAUACGGUUAUGGAUGACUGUCACGUCAACUCCAGUAGAACAGAAGAGCACAUUAAGAGACCCAUGAACGCGUUCAUGGUUUGGUCCCGGAUACAACGCAGAAAAAUUGCUCUCGACAAUCCAAAGAUGCACAACUCCGAAAUAUCCAAACGAUUAGGAGCGGAAUGGAAAUUGUUGUCAGAAGUGGAAAAGAGGCCUUUCAUUGACGAAGCCAAGAGACUCAGAGCGUUACAUAUGAAAGAACAUCCAGACUACAAAUACAGGCCUAGAAGGAAACCCAAAGGCCCACUCCCGACGGCACUCAAAUCCAACAUGGGUUUCCCCAACUUCCAGCUUCCGUAUUUCCCAACGGUAGACCCGUUAGGAACCCCAUAUCCAUAUUUUAGUCCGACAUUCGACAUUUCAAGGAUGGUGCCUCCCGCGGAAAAAUCACCCAACAAUCAGAACGCUGUGGUAACCUCUUUGCAUUCACCUUUCUAUCCGUCGCUAUAUCAAAAUAGUGCAGUUGUUGCGAAAAACUACUCUCAUCACGCGGCGGGACACAUGGGAAUGUUCUCCACCGUUCCAAACAACCACCUCAUGUAUUCCACUGGUUCGAGUCCCAGCACGAGUCCCGCUAGCACAGACUUAGAAUUGCGGAGGCCAGUUCCUGUUAUUUAUUAGUGAUUGAUUUUUACGUAAUGCCAAUUAUUUAGUAUGUAUUUAUAUUAUAAUAUGUAUAUCUAUGUAUAUUUACUACGGUCAGGUAGUUCUCGACAAGUGCGACGACAGAGAUCUUUCGUUUUUGAAAGACAAAGCGCCCCAUUGAGCGAUCUCAUAACCUAAUAUUGUUUGUGAGCAUUUUCUUUUGCUUUUCGAUCAUCGAAUGCUCUUUAAGUACGAAAUGCGCGCGAUGUGUAAACUGGAAAUAUGAUGUAUAUAGGUAUGUACCUACCUGGUUGGAUGACGGUAGGUACGUACCUUCGUUAUUAAGUAUGAAGUAUCAAUUUAAUUUCUGUGAUUUUCGACUGAUGUAAAUACCGAAUCUUAGCUAUAUACUACGUAUGUAGAUUAGAAUAGAUGAUAAGGUCGAAUGUUAUAUUAUCAUUAUCGUUGUAAAUUUAUUUGCCACUGUAUUAAUAAAAUGUUAUAUCCAUGAUGAGGCGACUAAAAUGUAAAACUGAU